AUGCCCACCCCCCCCCACAUAACCUCCUCCCAACCAAAAACCACAUUUCCGGCUCUGCCUCAGCCCAUCUCGUCCCCUGAUCCCUCGCUUGCAUCCCUCCCUCCGUCCCCCUUUCCGCCUCUGUUCCCUGCUGCCACACUCACCCGCUCACACUGCCGUCGCCAGUACUGCGCAUACUUGGCCUCCCCCACUGCAUCCGCCAUGGCUGCUCCUGCCUGCAGCGCUGCCAGCCACAGCCCCCCGCACACUCACCCCCGUGCAGCACUCACCCCCCGUGCAGCACUCACCCCCCGUGCAGCACUCACCCCCCGUGCAGCACUCACCCCCCGUGCAGCACUCACCCCCCGUGCAGCACUCACCCCCCGUGCAGCACUCACCCCCCGUGCAGCACUCACCCCCCGUGCAGCACUCACCCCCCGUGCAGCACUCACCCCCCGUGCAGCACUCACCCCCCGUGUAGCACUCACCCCCGUGCACCACUCACCCCCCGUGCAGCACUCACCCCCCGUGCACCACUCACCCCCCGUGCACCACUCACCCCCCGUGCAGCACUCACCCCCCGUGCACCACUCACCCCCCGUGCAGCACUCACCCCCCGUGCAGCACUCACCCCCCGUGCAGCACUCACCCCCCGUGCAGCACUCACCCCCCGUGCAGCACUCACCCCCCGUGCAGCACUCACCCCCCGUGCAGCACUCACCCCCCGUGCAGCACUCACCCCCCGUGCAGCACUCACCCCCCGUGCACCACUCACCCCCCGUGCACCACUCACCCCCCGUGCAGCACUCACCCCCCGUGCACCACUCACCCCCCGUGCAGCACUCACCCCCCGUGCAGCACUCACCCCCCGUGCAGCACUCACCCCCCGUGCAGCACUCACCCCCCGUGCAGCACUCACCCCCCGUGCAGCACUCACCCCCCGUGCAGCACUCACCCCCCGUGCAGCACUCACCCCCCGUGCAGCACUCACCCCCCGUGCAGCACUCACCCCCCGUGCAGCACUCACCCCCCGUGCAGCACUCACCCCCCGUGCAGCACUCACCCCCCGUGCAGCACUCACCCCCCGUGCAGCACUCACCCCCCGUGCAGCACUCACCCCCCGUGCAGCACUCACCCCCCGUGCAGCACUCACCCCCCGUGCAGCACUCACCCCCCGUGCAGCACUCACCCCCCGUGCAGCACUCACCCCCCGUGCAGCACUCACCCCCCGUGCACCACUCACCCCCCGUGCACCACUCACCCCCCGUGCAGCACUCACCCCCCGUGCACCACUCACCCCCCGUGCAGCACUCACCCCCCGUGCACCACUCACCCCCCGUGCAGCACUCACCCCCCGUGCAGCACUCACCCCCCGUGCAGCACUCACCCCCCGUGCAGCACUCACCCCCCGUGCAGCACUCACCCCCCGUGCACCACUCACCCCCCGUGCAGCACUCACCCCCCGUGCACCACUCACCCCCCGUGCAGCACUCACCCCCCGUGCAGCACUCACUCUCUCGCACUGCCUCUGCCUGCAGCACUGCUAGCACCAUGCGAUACCACACGCCACGCACCAGUUAUCGUAGGUCUGGUCGGGGAACCCAUCGUUCUCUAUGA